CCGCCGCCGGGACGCCGCCGGUCCGACCGCGCGCGUCCGAUGCGACGCGCACACCGGCACUGGAUCCCUGUGGACGCGGUGCGUUUCGCCGGCACACACUUAUACGCAAACACACACACUCACACACACACACACACGCGCGCACAUACUCGCGAUCGCGCGCACGCCGUCCGUCGCGCUGCAGUUUUCGUCCGACCAGCGAUAUACCGUCCGCAAACGCUUACCGGAGCGCACGUGCCGGGCACGACACGACGAAAUAUACACACACACACACAUUAUAUUAUAUAGUUAUAUAUGACAAUAUUGAUAAUGAUAAAGUGAUACGACGGUCGCCGCGCCAUCACACGUAUAAUAAUCGUAAUAAUAUUAUUUUUAUCGUUAUAAUAAUAUCAUAUCGGUAUAUUGUAUACGCGCGAAAGUGUAUAAUACAAUUCUGGUGAAACACGAUCUACUGCGGUGGUGUAAAUCGCGACACAUUAAUUCGCGCGUACACGCGUAGCUGCGGCGACGACUACGACGACUACGACGACGGCGACGACAACGACGACGACGGCCGCGGCGGGUGCAGAUGUGCAGCGCGCGAUGAGCGCGGCCGCCAAAGACAAGACGAUGCCGCAGCGGUCGCCGUUCGCCAUACAAGAGCUUUUGGGCCUCACCGACAGCAACAGGAGCCCCGCGGCCGCCGUGUCGGCCGUCACGCCGCAGUACCCGCAACCGCCGGUGCCGCCGUCGGCGCCCGGGCCGGCUGGACCGUCUUCGUGCUUUGCCGCCGACCGAGACGCCGGUCGGAUGCACCAUCACGGCCACCAUCACGGCCACCACCACGGCCAUCACCACCACAGCCACCACAGCCAGAUGGUGGCCAGCCGGUUCGCGUACUUCAACGCCCAGGCCGCCGUGGCCGCCGCGUUCCUGCCGCACAACAUGAACUCACUGGCCGCCGCCGUGGGCAUGACCGCCGCCGCGGCCGCCAACAACAACGGCGGAGCGCCGCUCUCGCUCACCUCCAACCACUCGGCCGCCGCCGCCGCCGCUGCAGCAGCCGCCGCAGCCGGAUUUUCACAACUACAAAAGAAUCCAGCGUUCAGUCCCAAUAGCUGCAUGUCAGAUUCUGAGUGGAUCAUGGAAGCCAUUGGUUUUACAAUGAUGGGAUUAAGUCAUUUAAACCAUCAAGAAUCAGGCAAAGAUUACAGUAAUGAAGCAAUGACAACAUCAUUUGGUUCCAACAAGAAGAAGAAAAAAAGAAGGCACAGGACAAUAUUCACCAGUUACCAAUUAGAAGAAUUAGAAAAGGCUUUCAAAGACGCUCAUUACCCGGAUGUCUAUGCAAGAGAAAUGUUAUCCUUAAAAACAGACUUGCCCGAAGAUCGAAUACAGGUCUGGUUCCAGAACCGACGAGCCAAGUGGCGAAAGACCGAAAAGUGUUGGGGAAGAAGCACAAUUAUGGCUGAAUAUGGACUUUAUGGUGCUAUGGUCAGACAUUCAUUACCGCUGCCGGAGACUAUCCUGAAAAGUGCAAAGGAGAAUGAAUGUGUCGCGCCCUGGUUGCUCGGCAUGCACCGCAAAUCGAUCGAGGCGGCGGACCAGCUGAAAGACGACAACACCGUGUGUAGCGGUGCCAGUCAGAAGAGUGACAAAGAGGAAGACGACGAGGACGACGAGGACGACGAAGACGACGACGAAGAGAAUCACCCCUGCAAGAGGCCGGCCAGGACCAGCCCGGAAACGGCGACGGACAUGUCACCGCAGCGGCACCAACAGCAGCAACAGCAGCAGCAGCAGCAGCAGCAACAACAAGACGCUGCAGUGGCGCAGGACCGGCAGCAACAGCAACAACAGCAGCAGCAGCAGCAGCAACAACAGCAGCAACAACAGUGCGCGGCCAACGCUGAAGCUCACCGGCGGAUCCAGCAGGAGAUACAGUCGCAGAUGGAGCAACACCACGCGGCCGUCAUGCAGCUGGCCGCCAACCGGGCGCAAGACUCGGAAGAGUUCCGGAACAACAGUAUCGCGUGCCUCAGGGCCAAGGCGCAGGAGCACAGCGCCAAGAUACUCAGCCUGUCGGCGGACGCGCUCAUGUUGGUCAACAACAACGGCGGUGGGUUCCGGAGCCGGAACGCCGCCACCGCGGUGGCCGUGGCCGCGGCAGCUGCGGCGGCCGCCGACGUGGCCAUGGUGUCAGGCGGUGGCCAAGUGCUGGCCGACUGCGACGCGAACGCCAACAACGUGCGAGGCGUGAACCACCAUCAGCAACAGGCGGUCGGCUCCGACAUAAUGGUCACGUCUUCCGACACGUCGUCGUCGCUGUUCUAAUCGCCAAUCGUCUCAUCGCGUGUUUACUGCAAAACGUAUUAUAAAUGUAUCAUAUUAUUAUUAUUAUUAUUGUGUAAAUAUCAUUAUAUAAUAUUAUUAUCAAAUAAAUAUUAUAAUUUAGAGUAGUCGCGUUCCGCGCAGAUACGUCAAAGCGCUGCAUAACGAUUUGUAGGUUGCAGGGCAUUCGUUUAUCGGGUGGCCUACCUCUGUAUACCGGACGUCUGGUGCAUACCGGAUACCUUAUAACGAUGAUACCUAUACACAGAAUUUUCAAAACGCGUACAAGUAAUCGCGCGUAAAAAAAAUAUAUUCAUGAUUUUAUACGAUCAAAAAUAUUUAUAAAACGUGUCAUCCUUUCGUCCUUGGUUUAUGGUUUACGAGGUUAAUAAUUUACGAUUGAUCAUAUCAUCGUAUUCUUGGGAGUACUUCAUCACGUAUACAUUAUAUAGGUAGGUUAAACUAUUUCGAUGUCUGAUAGAAAUGAUAAAAAACCGUUGUUUUGUUAGUGACCUAAUGGUCUGGAGUUGUACCGUGUUUAUGCAUUUUUCGCGAUAUUUUCAUUUUUAGCAUACCACUAAUCGCAACAGACAUUUAAUAAUAUUAUUAUGACAGCGUUGCGUUGCGGCCGAUGAUGAUAAGUUUAUGCAUAAUAAUAUUUAUACUGUAUAACGACUCAUCGAUACUUUUAUCAGUUAUUCAUACCUAAAAUUGAACAAAACCCGGUGGAUCGCGUAAUAUUAAUAAUAAAAAAAAAAAAUCGGUUCGGGUAACUACUAUUAAACCUUAAAGAAUAUUGAUAGGUCAACUGCUAAACGAAUGCCGUAUAGGUUAUAAGCUAGAAAAAUAUUUUACAAUAAAUUUGGGUAUCGGCCAUACUACCUCUCGUAUACAAUAACGAUAUUUAUGAUCAGUGUGAUCAUCGUCACGAUCGCAUGAUCAGGACGUUGGCCACCAUUUUUGUUUAUAUUUUUAAAUAAUUCCUAAUUCGAUCCUCUGGCCAACUAUCCAAUAAUAUAUUUCGAUUGACCAUCGGCGACGUAGUAAUUGCAGCGAAUUCGUUUCGAAUUGGUGGCACACACACUCGAAAAUAAUAUGAACUGAGGGUAGCCGUUGCAUAUUAAACGCUUACCGUAACCACACGCGACGUUUUCAGCUUAAAUACCCCCCACACACACACACACAACCUUCCCCAAACACUUACAGACCAACAGUUACCGAAAGCUCCCACAUAAUAUUGUCGGCGCCAACGCAGUCAAUGAAGUCUUGCCGUAUCAUAUCUUCAGGAACUUGUUCACUUCGUUUUUCGGCAUACUCGUCCACAUUAUAGCGUAGUAAUAUUUUUUAAAACAUUUAGUUUAAUUUUAAUUUUUAUCUCAAAACAACAAAACAAGAAUAAAAUGCGAAAUCGUCCAUUAUUUUACAUUAAUUAAUCUGCUGUUUUGUUUCGAGGUAAAAAAAAAAAUCAAAUGCCUUCACAGUAUCGGUUCUCUAAAUAAAUAUAUUGUUGCGAAAUCGUGUAUACAUCGCUGUCGUCGUCCCCGAGUGUCCCUUACAGAAUCGACACACACACACACACACACGUCAAUACCGUUAUUAUCCUCUGCCGCAGUGCCGCGUGCUCAUCGCAUUGUGCUCCGAUAACGAUUGUUGUGUCGCGAUGUGUACGCCACUGUAGUUGUUAUAAUACGUUUAGUAACCUUAUGCACGUCGUGCACGUAUAAAUUGUGUGAUCCGAUGAUUAUUUUUGUUAUUUAUUAUUCUUUUCUAUCCGUUGACAUUUCAGUUACCUACACUCUCGUCGUCCAGAGGCGGCGUGUUUAUAUACAUUUAGUGAGAUGCGAUUGGUGGUGGGGUUCGGGAACGAUGGGCUUAUAUAGCAACAAAAGUAAUAAAUAAUGACUUUUUUCUAUAUUACACUACCUGUUUUGAGCUUUUGGAAAUUCUGGGUACGAUCAUCGCAACAAAAUAUUUAUUCACGGAUGAUACAAUAUAUUAUAAAAACGAAUACUCUCUCCCAAAUCAAUUGCAAUACACUAUCGUCAUUUAAUAUUUUACGAUGACGUGAGAAAAUUGAUAGGUCGAUUGUGGGCAAUAAACAGUAAGACAACAAAUAUGUAAAUAUAAUUAUUUAUUUUGAAUCAAUAAUUCAGAUUUAAAAAGUAAAUUUAAUAAACGAGAGUUGAAACGUUUUACUAUACUUACAAACUACUAUACCGAUGACGUGUGCACGAAUGUGUUGUAAGGAAUGGUUUAUAUCAUAAUAUGAUGGCUAUCUCGUCUUUUCCAAAGAAAGGAUCCCAAAAUACGCCUUUGCCUGGUCGAACUAUGGAUUCUUACAUAUUAUAACAAUAUUAUUAGUUAAAAUGGUCGUCAAAUUUAUUUCAGGUUUUGAAAAUUAUUAAUUUUUUACGAUUACCCGAUGACUAUCGGUUUAUAUUAGUUAAAACCAUGUAAAUAUAUAAUAAUAAAAUAGUAUUCAUCGACGUGUUUGUUCGCUAAUAUUGUCAUUAUUAUUUAAAAAUAUUGAAUAAUACGAUUAUUUUUUGUUUAUAUCUAUUAUAUUACUAGGUAUAAUAUUUAAUUAUAAUAUUGAUCUAAAUUGUGUAGCGAUAACUCAUGUACAUACGCGCAGUCUAUAAUAUUUGUAUACAUUUGUAAAGAUAAUUUAUCGUGUGUUGUUAUUUAAAAUUUAUAUUUAUUAUACCCAUACGUACGUGCAAUAAUUCGUAAUUUUUGUUUUUUUUUUUUUACAAUUUCUUGUAUAAAUCAAUUUUUCUUAGCUCGAAAAACUACAUUUUAUUGCGCAUUUUAGACAGUAAGAAUAUUAUCUUAAUUAUGCUUGUUAAUAAAACACCCAACCCCGUUCAUCCUUUUUCUCAUAUACCCAUAGUGAAUACUAACUGCAAUAGCAUAAUAUUAUUGUAAUUUUCUAUUUCGUUUUGAUUUUUGUCCUUUUUUUUUUUUUUGAUCUCAUGUGUACUUUCAUAUUCAUUUUUAGUGCCGUCUAUUAUAGGAGAAUGUUUUACGGUGAAAAAAAAUUGUAAUAUGUUUAAUAUAUUCUGAAUAGGACAUUUUAUGUUUAAAGCUAUAAUACUACAUUUUAGAUUUAUAUUAUAUUGAUGCUACUGACAUAAAAAUUACGGAUACUAAUGUUUUUAUCAUUCAUAAUCAUUAAUUUGAAAUAUAAUUUGUUUGGUGAAAA